AAUAACAUCUCCGGCUUAAAAAAUAAACGAAAAUAUAUUUUGUGCCGAGAUUUUUAUUUGUGAAAUAAUCGGUGAAAAAUUAUUUUUUGAGUUAUUCGACUAGAACCCAGUGCAUUGCAGAAUGGGCAGCGCGGAAUAGGGAAGUCGCAGAUACCGAGUGAAGUGCAUCAGAAAUAGUGUACAAGUGCCACAUUGUGCAUGCAACAGUGCACAUUUAAGUGCCUCAUUGUGAAUGCAGCAACAGUGCAUCGAUUGAUUGCAUCGAAACAGUAGGCACGGCCUUAAAUACAAGUUGAUGUCAAACUGAUACUACAUUUAUUUGAUCCAUUUAUUUAUAUCCGUGUUGAUUUAUGGUUGAUAUUUUGAGGAUCGGGCGGCCAGCAACGACUCUACUCGUAUGAAUCAUUGGAGUUUCCAACUGCCGUUUGAUUGCGUUGACUCGAGCAAUCCUACGUUGUAAAGUCCACAAACCAGAGAAACCAAUGAAAAAUAUGCACAGAAAAUUCAAAAAAUCCAAACGUCAGUCGACUUGGGGCGAAGACAGUUUCAGUGCGAAGAGACCCAAGUUGGAUAAAGAAUAUCAACGGAAUGAUAAGAAACAGAAAGCCAUCAAGCCAGUAACGGAUUCCAAAAAGACGAUUCAGAAAACUAUACACAAAUUGAAAGAAAUUAUGGAAAAACUAUUGAAAAGAAAGAUGGAGACACAGAUCCAGUCAGCAACGGAUCCCACACAGAUAGACAAUAAAGAGGUACAAAAAGCGAAAAAAAAAUCAUAUCACAAGAAAAAUAUGUUAUCGAAAAGGAAGGCAAAGCGGGGAAAAGGCAAGGUCCCUUCGAAAAAGCACAAGUCAAAGGAUGAACACAAUACAGACCAAAAACCGGGUGGCUUCGUGUUCGAUCGCAGGGACCCCUUCGCGCGGACAGCCGAGGACGAGGUCCGUCUACGUCAGCGGCCUUCCAAGUUUUUCCGCAUGGGAACUCGGAAAUCGCUAUUGUGCAUUUCCGCGAUCAAAAUCCCCAAACCAGCGGGGCCCCCAAAGAAGAAAGGAAUACAAAAAUCUCUUUCGAAGUGCAAUAAACAUUACAAGAAACAUUUCGGAUCAAAAGCAAAAUCACAAGUAAAAAUCCUCCAAAUAAAGAAUACAAUCGUACGGAAUAUAACGGCCGCAAAGGGGAAUGUAACAGAACCUCUUUUCCUAACCACAAAUCCCAAGUUUCCACAUCCCAAAGCUCUAUUUCUAGAGAACAUUGACCGCAUAAAAAAGAAGAAGAAAUCACCGACUCCAUUCGCGUUUGUACGCCCGGAGACCUCAUUUUGGGAGAGCAUUGAUCAUUGUGAUCCCACAGAGCCUGCUUUACCCGAAAAACGGAUCCAACCUGUGAUGCACCCCAUAAAAGAGGAUAAUGUCUCACCGUUUCAUGUGUUUUCGGACAUGGACAUAUUCCCAUACCCCAUAAAAGAGGAGAACGUCUCACCACUUCUUGUGUUUCCGGACAUGGAUCAGUCCAUAGAUUCUAAUGUACACCCCGACAGCUCUUUUUGGGCGGGCACGAACAAUUUUGAUCCCAUAGAGCCUGAUGUAUUUGAAAUAUGGAUGCACCCCAUAAAAGAGGAGAAGACAUCACCGACUCCAUUUGCGUUUCCGUACGGAGAACAGUCCUCAGAUCGCAACGUUGUACGCCCGGAGACCCCAUUUUGGGAGAGAAUGCAUCAUUGUGAUCCCAGAGAGCCUACUUUACCCGAAAAACGGAUUCAACCUGUGAUGCACCCCAUCAAAGAGGAGAAUGUCUCACCGUAUCUUGAGUUUUCUGACAAGUACAUAUUCCCAUACCCCAUAAAAGGAGAGAACAUCUCACCGAUUCUUGUGUUUCCGGACAUGGAUCAGUUCAUAGAUUCUAAUGUACACACCGACAGCUCUUUUUGGGCGGGCACGAACAAUUUUGAUCCCAUAGAGCCUGAUGUAUUUGAAAUAUGGAUGCACCCCAUAAAAGAGGAGAAGACAUCACCGACUCCAUUUGCGUUUCCGUACGGAGAACAGUCCUCAGAUCGCAACGUUGUACGUCCGGAUACCCCAUUAUGGGAGAGCAUUGAUCAUUGUGAUCCCACAAAUCCUGAUUUACCCGAAAAACGGAUCCAACCUUUGAUGCACGCCAUAAGAGAGGAGAAUGUCUCACCGCUUCUUGUGUUUCCGGACAUGGAUCAGUCCAUAGAUUCCAAUGUUGUACACCCCGACAGCUCUUUUUGGGCAGGCACGAACAAUUUUGAUCCCAUAGAGCCUGAUGUAUUUGAAAUAUGGAUGCACCCCAUAAAAGAGGAAAAGACAUCACCGACUCCAUUUGCGUUUCCGUACGGAGAACAGUCCUCAGAUCGCAACGUUGUACGUCCGGAUACCCCAUUAUGGGAGAGCAUUGAUCAUUGUGAUCCCACAAAUCCUGAUUUACCCGAAAAACGGAUCCAACCUUUGAUGCACGCCAUAAGAGAGGAGAAUGUCUCACCGCUUCUUGUGUUUCCGGACAUGGAUCAGUCCAUAGAUUCCAAUGUUGUACACCCCGACAGCUCUUUUUGGGCAGGCACGAACAAUUUCGAUCCCAUAGAGCCUGUUGUAUUUGAAAUAUGGAUGCACCCCAUAAAAGAGGAGAAGACAUCACCGACUCCAUUUGCGUUUCCGUACGGAGAACAGUCCUCAGAUCGCAACGUUGUACGCCCGGAUACCCCAUUUUGGGAGAGAAUUGAUAAUUGUGAUCCCAGAGAGCCUACUUUACCCGAAAAACGGAUCCAACCUUUGAUGCACGCCAUAAGAGAGGAGAAUGUCUCACCGCUUCUUGUGUUUCCGGACAUGGAUCAGUCCAUAGAUUCCAAUGUUGUACACCCCGACAGCUCUUUUUGGGCAGGCACGAACAAUUUUGAUCCCAUAGAGCCUGAUGUAUUUGAAAUAUGGAUGCACCCCAUAAAAGGGGAGAAGACAUCACCGACUCCAUUUGCGUUUCCGUACGGAGAACAGUCCUCAGAUCGCAACGUUGUACGCCCGGAGACCCCAUUUUGGGAGAGAAUUGAUAAUUGUGAUCCCAGAGAGCCUACUUUACCCGAAAAACGGAUCCAACCUUUGAUGCACGCCAUAAGAGAGGAGAAUGUCUCACCGCUUCUUGUGUUUCCGGACAUGGAUCAGUCCAUAGAUUCCAAUGUUGUACACCCCGACAGCUCUUUUUGGGCAGGCACGAACAAUUUCGAUCCCAUAGAGCCUGUUGUAUUUGAAAUAUGGAUGCACCCCAUAAAAGAGGAGAAGACAUCACCGACUCCAUUUGCGUUUCCGUACGGAGAACAGUCCUCAGAUCGCAACGUUGUACGCCCGGAGACCCCAUUUUGGGAGAGAAUUGAUAAUUGUGAUCCCAGAGAGCCUACUUUACCCGAAAAACGGAUCCAACCUUUGAUGCACGCCAUAAGAGAGGAGAAUGUCUCACCGCUUCUUGUGUUUCCGGACAUGGAUCAGUCCAUAGAUUCCAAUGUUGUACACCCCGACAGCUCUUUUUGGGCAGGCACGAACAAUUUCGAUCCCAUAGAGCCUGUUGUAUUUGAAAUAUGGAUGCACCCCAUAAAAGAGGAGAAGACAUCACCGACUCCAUUUGCGUUUCCGUACGGAGAACAGUCCUCAGAUCGCAACGUUGUACGCCCGGAGACCCCAUUUUGGGAGAGCAUUGAUCAUUGUGAUCCCACAAAUCCUGAUUUACCCGAAAAACGGAUCCAACCUUUGAUGCACGCCAUAAGAGAGGAGAAUGUCUCACCGCUUCUUGUGUUUCCGGACAUGGAUCAGUCCAUAGAUACCAAUGUUGUACACCCCGACAGCUCUUUUUGGGCAGGCACGAACAAUUUUGAUCCCAUAGAGCCUGAUGUAUUUGAAAUAUGGAUGCACCCCAUAAAAGAGGAGAAGACAUCACCGACUCCAUUUGCGUUUCCGUACGGAGAACAGUCCUCAGAUCGCAACGUUGUACGCCCGGAUACCCCAUUUUGGGAGAGAAUUGAUAAUUGUGAUCCCAGAGAGCCUACUUUACCCGAAAAACGGAUCCAACCUUUGAUGCACGCCAUAAGAGAGGAGAAUGUCUCACCGCUUCUUGUGUUUCCGGACAUGGAUCAGUCCAUAGAUUCCAAUGUUGUACACCCCGACAGCUCUUUUUGGGCAGGCACGAACAAUUUUGAUCCCAUAGAGCCUGAUGUAUUUGAAAUAUGGAUGCACCCCAUAAAAGAGGAGAAGACAUCACCGACUCCAUUUGCGUUUCCGUACGGAGAACAGUCCUCAAAUCGCAACGUUGUACGCCCGGAGACCCCAUUUUGGGAGAGAAUUGAUAAUUGUGAUCCCAGAGAGCCUACUUUACCCGAAAAAACGGAUCCAACCUUUGAUGCACGCCAUAAGAGAGGAGAAUGUCUCACCGCUUCUUGUGUUUCCGGACAUGGAUCAGUCCAUAGAUUCCAAUGUUGUACACCCCGACAGCUCUUUUUGGGCAGGCACGAACAAUUUCGAUCCCAUAGAGCCUGUUGUAUUUGAAAUAUGGAUGCACCCC